GUGCACCUCUGCCAGACAACCACCCACCAUUACCACUGGUCCACCGCACCGAGGCAGGGGGGCAGACGCCGCGAGAGGCAGAGGCACCGACGCCGCGAGCCCCAAAAAUAACUAGGCGUCCCCACAAAUCGCCCCACCUUGCACUCCCCGCUUCGCUCCCCCGAGAUCCACUCCCACGCAUCCCACCCGCACCCUAUCGGCCGGCCUUGCUCGUCUCCGCCGGCGACGCUGCCUCGUGAUCUCGGCGCGGGCUGGCUGCUCUUGUCCUGGUUUCGCCGUUCGAGGGAGGAGGAGGAAGGGAGAUAAGGCGUGCGCGGUGCUUGAGGUGUGGGCGGCGGCUGCCGGAUUCGGGGAAGAAGGAGUGCGUUGGGAGCGGCGGCGAGGUGCUUUGUUGGAGCCUGGGAGGGGUGGCUCUCGUCGGAAAAGGUGGCGGUGUCUCGGGAGGUGGUGGAGCAAGAAAGGGGGAGCAUUUGCUCGCUGCUGCAUUGGGCGGAGGCGAGGCGGGUGCUACGAGGAGGCGGUGGAUUUGAGGAGCUCUCGGCUUUGGGCCGGUCGCCGCCGCAUAGAUUUUUCGUUCUUGCCGCUCGGUUUGUCCAUGGUCGAUGGGGUGGAAGGUGGCGUCAGGGGGUAAGGCGGCGGCUGGCAUCGGCGGCGAGAAGCUCAGGUUCCCUCCGUCGUCAGCCGCCGCGCGGUCGCGGAUGAAGCUCUGGGUGGUGCGCGCCACCACCACGGUGCUGCUCUGGACCUGCGUCGUUCAGCUCACCGCCGUCGGGAACACCUGGGGCCCGCGCGUUCUCAAGGGCUGGCCGUCCUGCCUCACGGCGGCGGAGGAGGCGGCCGCCGGCGCCGCGCGACCGCAGCCCGUCGUCGAGAAGGCCGCGCUUCUGCCCAAAAGAAUAUAUAGGAACAAUGGCUAUUUGAUGGUUUCAUGCAAUGGUGGGCUCAACCAAAUGCGAGCUGCAAUCUGUGACAUGGUUGUAAUAGCGAGAUAUUUGAAUGUCACCUUGGUUGUGCCAGAGUUGGAUAAGACUUCAUUUUGGAAUGAUCCAAGUGAGUUUCAAGAUAUAUUUGAUGUUGAACACUUCAUAACCUCUUUACGAGAUGAAGUUCGCAUCCUGAGAGAACUACCCCCUAGGGUAAAGAGAAGAGUUGAACUUGGGAUGUUUUACUCAAUGCCACCAAUUAGUUGGUCUGACAUCUCUUAUUACCAUAAUCAGAUUCUUCCUUUGAUACGGAGGUACAAGGUUCUCCAUUUGAAUAGAACUGAUACCAGACUAGCAAACAAUGGUUUGCCAAUGGAGAUUCAGAAAUUGCGAUGCCGAGUAAAUUAUGCCUCUCUCAGAUUUACCUCACAAAUUGAAGAGUUGGGCAAGCGAGUAAUUAGAAUACUUCGCCAAAAUGGCCCUUUCUUGGUCCUUCAUUUACGUUAUGAAAUGGAUAUGCUGGCUUUCUCUGGAUGUACACAAGGCUGCAGUACUGAAGAGGCAGAAGAGCUCACAAGAAUGAGGUAUGCUUAUCCGUGGUGGAAAGAAAAAAUCAUUGACUCGGACUUGAAAAGAAAAGAUGGCCUUUGCCCAUUGACGCCAGAGGAGACUGCUCUUGUCCUCAGAGCACUGGACAUUGAUACAAGUAUGCAAAUAUACAUUGCUGCUGGAGAAAUAUAUGGUGGAAAGCGCAGGAUGGCUGCUCUCACUUCAGCAUAUCCAAAUGUGGUGAGAAAGGAGACACUUUUGGAACCUUCUGAUCUAAUGUUCUUCCAGAACCAUUCAUCACAAAUGGCAGCACUGGAUUACUUGGUCUCUUUAGAAAGUGAUAUAUUUGUUCCAACAUACGAUGGCAAUAUGGCUAAAGUUGUUGAGGGUCAUCGGAGAUUCAUUGGUUUCAAGAAGACAAUCUUGUUAGAUCGAAAACUUAUUGUUGAGCUAGUAGACCGAUAUACCAAUGGUUCUCUGCGAUGGGAUGAGUUCUCUUCGUUGCUCAAGGCUGCCCAUGCUAAACGGAUGGGAUCAGCUUCAAAGAGGACAGUGAUUCCUGACAGGCCCAAGGAAGAGGACUACUUCUAUGCCAAUCCCCAAGAAUGCCUCCAGGAUCGUGAUCUUUUACGGACAUCAUGAUAUCCACUCAUUCCUAUUUUAUUCACACUAUACAAUUCUUUCGCAAAUACAAUUUAAUCUAAAGCUGGAUUCAUCCUUAUUUCGAAAUGAAAAAGGUGUCCCGGGUUCAGCAUGAGCCAUAAUCAAGGUGGACUGUAAACUUCAGGAGAAGGGAGAAAGGGGGUGUUGGAUGUAAUUGGUAAAUACACAUUAUAGAAUGGAGGGGGGGAUUUGUUCAUUCCACCAAAUAAAGAGAUGAUGUUGUAUAGAUGGUGAUACUAGUUUACCACUAAGACGUAAGUAAUUUAAGAGAGAACUGAGAGAUGGUGGUUGAUUCUCAUCUCUGUUCCUGAGUUGUGUAACAUAGCAAUUGUUCUUGAUAGCCGCCCCUAUCCUCCCCAACAGCCAAUUUUUGUCUAUCAAGUUGUUGAAAAAUAUGCACACUGUUUAUUGUACCGAUACAGCCUGUAUUAUAUGUCACUUGUGCAGAAUGUUACUAGCACUUGCAGUUUUUAUAGUGCUAUUAAUACAUUGAGCUCCUACAUGGCUACAUGGAGGCUGUGGAGGGUGUUUGUUAA